AUGGUGUACAACGGUCCCAGCGGGGGUUGUAGGGCUUGUCGCACUCGUCGAGUUAAAUGCGACCAGACUAAGCCUACUUGCAACAACUGCCUUCGGCGCAAACAGCCUUGCCCAGGUUAUGCCGAUGUUUUCGAUGGUGCGCAUCGAUCUCAAAAUAGUAUCGUGGUGCGGCGCGUUGAGAAGCAAAAGAAUGCAGGAAAUGAUGGCAAAGGACACGCUGCCUCCAGAUCGAGCAGCCCUAUAAGUGAAGCUUCCACGGAGAUCGCCUCUUCCUCGACCAACACCACCCUCGCGACAUCCAGCAGGGGACCACUACAAUGGAUUGUCUACUCGGCAGGCGUCGCACCGUCUACCCCAGCAUCGGCAGAACCAUCAGCAGUGCCUUCACCCACCAGUUCUGAGGAGCCAGAUUCAGAGGAAGCUGCUCGCCGAUCAGAAUUUCCCAAAGACUUUGAUCUUCUGGUAACUACGGUCCCGGGUUCAGUGAAGACAGAUCCCCAGAUGGCUGCCGUGGGCUUCUUUUUCCGGCACUAUGGCGGGAGUAUGAAUGAACCAGAGACGCACUGUGGAUUCCAUUCAAUUUGGCAGCCAAUGUAUCUGGAAUCAGCAGUUGAUAUGCCUCUUCGUACGGCAACUGCUGCUGUCGCGGUCAAUGUCGCAAUGAUGUGGUGUUUCAAAGGGUGCGAUACACGCCUGCCACGAAGUCUGUUCACCAAAGCGAUCGCUGCAACACGGAGAGCAAUGUUCAAUCCGGCCGAGAGCACAACUGAUCAGCUUUUGUUGACUAUUCUGAUAUUCGACCUGUACGAUGCUCUAGUCUUGCAUUAUACCCCCGGAGUACCCAACUACGGCAAGCACAAGGAGGGGGCGCUAGCUCUGAUAAAACAUCGGGGAGCCGCGAAUCAUCUCACAAGGAGAAGCCGCGGUUUGCUCGAGGCAACACGCCAUUCACUUCUACACUAUUUCCUUGCAGAGCGCAAAACAUUUCCUGAGGAAUUGGUUGAUUUGUUCCAGCAGGGUCCUGCGGCUACGCCGGUCACAAGUCUCGAUUUGAUUUCCAUGCAAGUGACGGCUCUCCAAGAAAAACUGUUCAGCCUUCGUCGCGAAGACCCUGAAUGUAUGAAUGAGUGGGAGCGACGAUCACGCUACGAAGAAAUUAUUGAACAGGCUAUCCGCGUUGAAACUCUGCUAGUGAACUGGAAAUUCCGGACCUUGACUACGUUGUGGAAGCCCUAUUACGUCAGCCGGGUUUCGGUAUCACAAUCGAUUGCAUCAGCUGGGUUUUACGGACCUCACUGUAUCAUAUGGCAGGACCUGGCAUACGGUGACUUGUGGACAUCGCAUGCUAGCCGUUGCAUAUACACCUUGCAGAUUAUCCGGCAGGCUUUAGCGGACGAGCCAAGUCUGCUGCUCGAGCAAAAGUACCAAACUCUUCUCACGCAAACCGACCUUCAGAUGCAGGAAUUCGCCGACUUUAUAUGCUUCUCGAUUCCUUUUCAUAUUGGCGAUACCAUGGUGCCGACGAACCCCUUGCACGCCGAGUCAAUCAACUUCCCAUACACGAUUGUUCGUGAUGACGACACCGGGAAGAACAAGCGCAUUCCCAAUCCGCUGACGAACUAUCAAGCUCGUACUGCAGCAUCAGGCGGCUGGAUCAUCUAUCCACAACUAGUCACGCUCUACCGCUUCGCAGAGCCCGAGGACGACGCCGUUCCGAUCGUCUUGCGCGAUGGUCAGCUAGAUUGGAUCAAAGACCAAGUCAAGAGACUGCAGAAAAUAUUCCUAUUCGUGGACCCGCCUUGGUUUAAAAGGCUGGCACCACCUGUUUUGAAGAGCAAUGCCUAA